UCGGGAAACAGAAGCCCAGGAGUCCAGGGAGCGUCCGUUGCCUAUUCCCGCGCGGAAUCCUUCGCCGUGAAGCCUUCCCACCCCUCACUCCCACGGAGGUUUCCGCGAUGGCGACGGCGGCGGUUCAGGAUUUUGUCUCUCGGCAGCUGGAGAUGCUGAAGGAGGAAAGGGAGGCCGAAAUUUCGGAAGCCAGGGCAUGGAAGGAAAGUUUCUCCCUCAAAGAGCUGCAGCGCAAAGGUGUCUGCUUGCUGAAACUUGAAGUAGCCAGUCAAAGAACGGGGUUGUAUGGCCGUCUGCUUGUAACUUUACAACCUAGAAAGCAUAGCUCAGAAACGGAGCUGCCCUGCAAUAAUUUUGGUCCUGGUGACAUUGUUGGACUUUAUGAAACAGCAGGCCAAGGUGAUCAGCUCUCCACAGGACUUGUCACCCGUAUAGCUCCCAAAUCAAUCACGAUUGCAAUUGAUGAGCCUCAAAGUAACCUUGUGAGCUUGGACCAGGGGAACUCCUAUCGUCUGCUGAAACUUACCAAUGAUGUCACAUACAAGAGGCUUAAAAGGGCCUUAAACACACUUAGUCAAUAUCGCUCUGGGCCUGCAUCUGGUCUUAUCGGCGUCCUCUUCGGUUCUUCUAAACCUAGUGAUGCCAACAAUAUAAAGCUGUUGAAGUACUACAAUGAAUCACUGGAUGCCUCUCAAAAGGAGGCUGUUUGCUUCUCGCUGGCACAGAAAGAGCUUGCCAUCAUCCAUGGACCACCUGGAACAGGCAAAACGACUACGGUGGUGGAGAUAAUACUCCAAGCUGUUCAGCAAGGCUUGAAAGUCUUGUGCUGUGCUCCAUCUAACAUUGCAGUUGACAACUUGGUAGAAAGACUCGCUGGCUGUAAAGAGCGGAUCCUGCGCCUUGGUCACCCGGCUCGUCUCUUGGAGUCCAUACAGUGCCAUUCACUUGAUGCAGUCUUGGCACAUGGGGAUAAUGCCCAGAUUGUAGCAGAUAUCAGGAAAGAUAUUGAUCAAGCAUUUGUGAAAAGCAGAAAAGCCCAAGACAAAGGAGAAAGGAGCCAUUUUCUAAAUGAGAUUAAAACACUGAGAAAAGAACUGAAAGAGCGAGAGGAAGCUGCUAUGACUGAAAUACUGACAAAAGCUAAUGUUAUUCUGGCGACAAACACAGGAGCCUCUUCUGAUGGUCCUCUGAAGCUACUUCCUGAGAACCACUUUGAUCUGGUGGUAAUUGAUGAAUGUGCCCAGGCGUUUGAAGCAAGCUGCUGGAUACCUCUGCUGAAGGCCAAGAAGUGUGUCCUGGCUGGAGAUCACAAGCAGCUGCCUCCCACAAUCAUCUCUCACAAGGCUGCCACAGAGGGUCUUUCUCUCAGUUUAAUGGAACGGCUGAUUCAGAAAUAUGAUGACCAUGUUGUGAAGAUGCUCACGGUGCAGUACCGAAUGCACCAGACCAUCAUGCAGUGGGCUUCCACUGAGAUGUACGGCGGCCGCCUCUCGGCUCACUGCUCCGUUGCGCAACAUUUACUGAGGGACCUGCCAGGGGUGGCUUCCACAGAAGAAACUUGCAUUCCAUUGUUGCUUAUUGAUACAGCUGGCUGUGGCUUAUUUGAGCUUGAGCUGGAAGAUGAACAGUCUAAAGGAAAUGAAGGCGAAGCGCGUCUUGCCAGCUUGCACGUUCAGGCUUUAGUGGAAGCCGGUGUUAAGGCAAGAGACAUUGCUGUCAUUGCUCCUUACAACCUCCAGGUGGACAUGCUAAGGGAGCUUUUGUGUCACAAGUACCCAGACCUGGAGAUUAAAUCGGUGGAUGGCUUCCAAGGAAGAGAGAAGGAAGCUGUUGUCCUCUCUUUUGUAAGGUCCAACAGAAAAGGUGAAGUAGGAUUCCUUGCUGAAGACCGGAGACUAAAUGUUGCAAUUACUCGUGCCCGCCGCCAUGUAGCUGUGAUCUGUGACUCUCAGACCAUUGGCAACCACAUUUUCCUUAAACGCCUAGUGGACUAUAUGAACCAGCAUGGGGAGGUGCGCACCGCUUUUGAAUACCUGGAUGACAUUGUGCCAGAUAACUAUGCUGCUCCCAAGAGCUCUCAGGGUCUGGGUGACCAAGAAAAGAGACUUAAGUGCAACACUCCACUUGCCCCAAAGGCUGAUGGAGAGAAGCCAAGAGGAAAACCAGCCAAACGGACCGGGCAGAGGCCCAUAGAGGCUUCUGUGCAAAGCCCAGCCUGGGGGGCAACAGUGGAUACUGUAGUGAAGGGCAAUUCAUGUAAGCAUGAAGCCAGGAUACUGGAGUUUCUGGAGAGUAGCGAGACCCAACUGGAUUUCCCUUCAUCAUUAAAUGCUCAUGACAGGUUGAUUGUCCACCGUCUGGCAGAGGAACAUGGGCUGCAGCAUGUGAGCACAGGAGAAGGUAGAGAGAGAUACAUCAGUGUCCGUAAGAGAGGCACCACGACAGACUUUUCUCUGGGAGAUGCUAAGGCCUGUGAACAAGAGUUGUCCUGCAGACCUGCAGGCACCCCCAAAGAAUCCCGGGCCUCUGAAAAAGAGUUAACCUGCAGACCCCCAAGCCCCUCGAAAGACACCCAUGCCUACUGUGAGGAGAGUGGAAGCCAUAUGAGCAAGAAGAAAGUGGAUCUGAAAACCCUGCACAUGGAGCGGAUGCAAAGGGAGAAGGCCAAGAGAGAGGAGAGGGCCAAACAAAGUCGUGAGCCAAAUGUAAAUCUUCAGGAAAUCACUGGAAAUAAACAUGGAAGUGAAGCGAAAGGGAAGGCUUCUGUUAAAACCAAAGUGGAAGGUUCAGCAGAGGAAGAUUUUGAUGCUCUGAUUUCUGCUGCAAUCAAAGCUGACAACACAUGUGGUUUCCCCAAAUGCAAAGCAAGUGUGACAACCCUGGGGCAGCUCUGCCUGCAUUGCAAUAAACGCUACUGUCUCAGCCACCACAUCCCAGAGAUUCAUGGCUGUGGGGAGAAAGCCAAAGCAUAUGCCCGGCAGAGAAUCAGCAAAGAAGCUUCUCUAUGUGCUGGGAGUGGGUUAAAGGACAAGCCCUUGGAUCCUGCCAAGAGAGCUCAUCUCCAGAGGCGCCUGGACAAGAAACUCAGUGAGCUCACAAGCCAAAGAAAGAGCAAAAAGAAAGACAAAGAGAAAUGAGAGGAUUUGCUAUGUCAAGGCAAGAUGCUCGCCUGCCUGUCCUUGAGGCACCUUCGUACAGCAGCAUGCUCAGGCUCCAGAGGAAAAAGCUCAUCACUCUCUUAAACCUUUUGGCUUCUUUCCCCCACCCCACUCCCCCAAAAUCAAGAAUAGGUCCUCCAGCUUCAUGGUCCUCAGAGAGCCAGAGACUGACUGAAGAAAGGUUCCCACCGUCUGCAGGUUUCAAACAAUUCUCAAGUUGCGUCUUGCACUGUAAAAUGUGUUUUUCCUCAGUCAUGUCAGAACUAUAAAGCCCCGUUGGUUAAGGAGAAAGGUGGGCAGCUUUUGUUUGUAGUAAUUAUCUUUAUUGGCAAGGUAAUAAAUGUACUCUGAGCGGGCGCAGAGCAGGUUUUACAAUAAAACGGUGAUAGCAUAUGCCUUGAGCAGUGAACUGUCCGUUUGACAUUGCAUGGUAAUGUAAUAAUCAUUGUCCGUGGGACUCCUGGCCUCCCCCCAUGUGUGUGAGCAAUAAAAACCUCUCCAGGUGGUCCACAAAAUUAAGGGAAUACAAAUAGCUUUUUCCAUUUCUCAAGCUCAGAAACUUUAUGUUGAAAGAAAAGAUUCUAAAAAAGAUGUGUUAAAAUUGUGAGGGGACAAAGUGAAGAAAAAUCUAGAAAAAUAACCUGGGUUCACUGGCCCAGCACAUACACUUUUACUGGAAUAUGCUGGGAUUGAGCGCAGGUCUUCUGCAUACAAAGAUAUGUUCCACCCCUAUGCCACCACUGUGUGUUAUGGACCCUAACUUACAGUAGGGAAACCUCAGGGCCAGGGUCCAAAUUAAGUCCUUGCAAGUCUCUCUGUUUCAUCCCUGAGACUCUUCCCAGUGCCACAUCCCUCACUGGGCCUGCGCUAGGCCCACGUCAAGUGCUUUAGCCUGUCUUGAAUGUGUAUCUGAACUGUGGUGCUGAGGGGUUCCUGUGAGGGGAUCCUCUGACUUGCACAUGGCUGCAAUGUGGUCUACUGUGCUAAGGUUGGGUCCGAUCUGUUGUUCCACUUGUUUGUUUGUUUUCCUCUGACCCUUCCAGCCACCGACAUGCAGCUCUUUGAAAGUUGUCCAUGAGGGAAUGUGUCCCUGCAGCUGAAAAGCAUUUGCCAUCCCUUGGCUUAGAAUCACAGAAUGUGUGAGGUAGAAUUUUUUUCUCAAAUUCAUUCAAGUUCCAAUAAAAAUAGACACGUUUCUUUUUUGGGGAGUGUGUGGAGCUGUUUGUUUACAAAACAAUGUAGUCCCACAAAUAAUUACCCAGUAGAGUUUUCAUUGUGCAGAACUAUAUGCAACAAAGAAGCAGGGAAAUAAUGGUCCCAUUUUCAGGGAAGGGCACUCAGUGUCAUGUUGCUAUGGAUGUGGCCUCAUGAUUUUGUUCAGAGCUCCAAGUACUUUAAGAAAGAAAAAGGAUGCAUUCCUUUCCUGUUCUUUUCAAGCAGUGUCCUUUUCACCUCAUCCUAUGAACUACGCAAAAUGGGUUAAGCUUCUGGUAUCUAGAGCAAGUUAAUUGUAUUUUUGUUGGUUCUUUUAUUUCUUAUAUUAAGAACAGAAGAAGAGCCUGCUGGAUCAAGCCAGUGGCCCACCUAGUCCAGCCUACUGUUCUCACAGUGCUAUUUUAUUGUAUUACAAUUUGAAUUCUGAGGAAUGCAAAUUGUACAGUAUCUAGCACAAUGCAUUAUAAUUGCUACAACAGGCAGAAAAACCAUUAAGUGGUCUGCCAAGGCCAUCAGCAAUUUUCAAGUGGUCCGUGGGGGGGGGGGUAGUUUGGGAACCACUGAUCUAGAAUGAUUACAAGUCCCAAGUUCCUUUAGCCGCAAAUGUCCUAGAUGUUCUUGGCAGGAUUUGUUCAGCCUUGGGCUCAAAAGCAAUGGGACGUCAUUCUCUUGCCAUGCAUGGUGUCUCUAAGGGUCUACAAAUGCCCUGCAGUUCUACCAUCUGCCAGUAUUAACCUUGGGUUUGUUGCCCUUCCAAUCUCUCUUCUCCUUUACUUUAAAUUAAUGUGUUCACUUUCUCUUGUCAGCCUUGAAAACACAAGAGGUGUUUGUGUUUUAUCAUCUGAUCCUAACAAUUGGUGUCACAUCAUUCUGAGAUUCUAAUAAUGAUGCAGCUACAACCUUGAUUGCUCUUGGAUUCUGAACCCAUAACUUAUAAUGCGAGCCGACAAUAAUAAAAUGAAAUUGAAUUCAUUUUUUAAAAACCCACAAUCAUUAUAUUCUGCAUAAAAUUAAUGUACUCUGUUUAGGAAAGCUCAGUGUGACCAGAUGAAAUUUUACCAGAGCAGAAUGCUAAAUGCAGAUCAGUAUGCAAGAUCCAAAAGAGGAUUUGGAGGUACGUUGGUCCUAAUUGUGAUAGAUUGAUUGAGGUAGGACUCCAGUGCAUAUUAUUACACUCAUUGUAGUGUGGGUGUCUGUGGGCAGGGGCAAGGAAUCUGGAAAGUUUUAGAAGUGUAUUCCCCCCCCCCUAAAUGCAGACACUGGCAAUUCUCCCUCGGGUUUUGUGUCUGUGUUUGUAAUGUAUAAUAUUAGCUAUUUGAAGACAUAACAAUAACAAUAUGGUAACAUAAUAAUAUUUUUGUUAUUAUAAUUUUUAAAAAGAAGUGUGGGGUGAGUAGUAGCUCCAUUAUUAAGAUCUCUUUACACUUGACUGUGUUUGGGUUGCUUAGCACCUUCUAGUUUGGAGUGCUGCUGGCUUAAUGAGCAACCCCUUCCUUUAGUAUCACCUUCUGGAAUACUUCAAAGAUGACGAAUAAUGCCUUAUUAGCAGAGCCCAUUCUCUGAAAUGUAAAAGAACAGAAGUGUGACCCAAGGUUACAGUGUAAUUAUAAUAAAUCUGAGGAGGACAAUUCCCUCAAUAGUUAGUUAUUCCGUGCAGAUAAAAUAUUUCUGAGCUAACAUUAAAAAAAGUAAAAAAUGGACAGACUUGCUGCCAAGCAGUUAAAAUUUCCCUUGGGCUUCUUGCCCAGAAACCAGUUGAUAUUAGUUCUGUCAUUUAAAUUUUCCUUAAAAAUAUACAAUGAAACCAGCACAAGGAAAGUCACCAGCUGGCAAGUCAAAGCUGAAUUAUUUCAAAUCACAGCAGAAUGGAACAGAGUAUAAAUCUCAUCUGUUCUGCUUGUACCUCUAUCUUCACAUCUGCUUCUGCCGUUACUGAUUUCCAUAAUUGUUUAUCAGGGCUUAAUUUGAACCUAGCACCUUCUCCUGUGUCUUACCAUCAUUGCCUUUGCUGGCACUUUUGGAGGGGAGAUUGAGGAAGGGAGUUGUGACGCAUUUAGGCUGUGGAGAAGACAUCUGAGCCCCUGGACUGCUGUGGCUCCCUGGAGUGCAGCAAGGUUUGAACUUGAAGCGUUGAUAAGCUUUCUCAUUUAUUUAUUUGCCUCCUAAUAUUUAUUUUGCUCUGUACUUGUUAUGCAUCAUCUAGAUGAUUUCAUUGUAAUUUAUUGCAUUUAUCCUUUUGGUUUUUCUUUGUUUGAAUUUAGUGGUAUGUUUUGUAACAUUUUAUGUUUGUAUAUUUAUUUUAAAAAUUGCUGUUACGAGCUGCUUUUGAGUGCAGUUCACUUGGGAAAGUGGCAUAAAAAUGAAAUAAACUUAGCUCAUUGCUUUUGAUA